CCAUGGGACCACCAGGCAUCACCUCAAGGCCGGCCCUGGAGCGACAGACAGCACGGCCCGUGGCUGGCGGUGGAACCUGCAGCCGGACUGCCUUGGCCACCGUCCUCACCAGCACCGCAGCAGCCCUAUGUGUGGGCAUCCUUGUGUAUCUCCUGGGGAAGCGAGAAACCCACUUCGAGCACAGGGCGGAGCUGCGAGGGAUCCCCUACCGGAGCAGUUUGCAGCAGCCCAGUUCUGGCUAUUCCCGCCUGCUGACCCCUGUUCUGGAGCAGCUGUUCAAAAGCAGCUUUCAGAACUCGCCCCUGGACGGCAGCUGCUCCAGGUGUACCGUCGUGCAAUACAGGUGGGCAGGGCAGGAAGGCUGGCCUGGGGGGGAGGCUCUCCUGCCAGAAAGAGAAGGUAAGGACUUCUUGCUUCUGCUUGGCAGGGAGGGCAAUGCCAGCCUCAUUGUCCACUUCCACCUCGGCUUCUCUCCACCGCCGCCCAGCCCUGGCAUGGAAGAGGAUAUCCUGAGGCGGGGACUGGCAGCAGCUGUGGGCAUCAGGGUGCCCACCUACGGUACCAUCUCGGCUGCCUCCCUCCUGGGUAUCCCUGCAUUCUUUCUGGCCCUUUGGCCCAGGGCUGACUGGGGUGGUGUGUGCGACCUGUGCCCACACUCUGAUUCCCCCCACUUUCCAGCAGGUCCACAGGACCCCACCUUCUCGAGCCCAGAGCUCAAGUCAGGAAGGUGUCCGGGGGAGGCCUUUGCCUGCCACAAUGGCCAGUGUGUAGCCCCAGGAAGCGUGCAGUGCAACGGCUGGAAAGACUGCCGAGAUGGCUCUGAUGAGGCCGGAUGUGACUGUGGGACCCGGCCAGCCAUGCGAUCUGCCACUCGGAUCGUGGGGGGAUCGGAGGCACUGCUGGGCGAGUUCCCGUGGCAGGUCAGCCUGAGAGAGAGCAAUGAACACUUCUGUGGGGCAGCCAUCCUGACCGCCAGGUGGCUGGUCUCUGCUGCACACUGCUUCAAUGAGUUCCAGGACCCCCGCACCUGGAUGGCCCAGGCCGGCAGCAUCCGGUUGAGUGGCAGCGAGGGCAGCCGGGCACAGGCCAAGGUGCUGCGCAUCCUCCAGCACCCCUCCUACAACGUGGAGAGCGCCGACUACGAUGCAGCCCUGCUGGAGCUGGCAGAGCCCCUCCCCUUCGGCAAAUACAUCCAGCCCGUGUGCCUGCCAGCCCCCUCCCACUGCUUCCGCCCGGGCAGGAAGUGCCUCAUCUCCGGCUGGGGGUAUCUCAAGGAAGACUUCCUAGUGAAGCCGGAGCUGCUCCAGAAAGCCACGGUGGAGCUGCUGGACCAGGCUCUCUGCGGAAACCUCUAUGGCGGCAGUGUGCUCACUGACCGGAUGAUGUGUGCUGGCUACCUGGAGGGCAAAGUUGACUCUUGCCAGGGGGACUCCGGGGGGCCCCUGGUCUGCCAAGAGCCCUCUGGGCGCUUCUUCCUCACCGGGAUAGUCAGCUGGGGCAUUGGCUGCGCAGAGGCCAGGCGCCCCGGUGUUUACACUCGUGUGAUCCGGCUCCGGGACUGGAUCAUCGAGACCACGGCCACAUCAAGGAGCCCCACAGCUUCCACCAUGCCAGGCCCUGGGCGCCAUCCUUCAGCUCCAACCGUGGGCACAAGCGCAGCCGGCCUACAGCACCCUAGCUCCAUCCCCAGCUCUGCUUCCCCAGCCUCAAGUAGGCCGGCAGCCACGAGCCCCCAGCCUUCAGAGUGCGGUCGGCGGCCUGGUUUCUCCAAACCUAUGAAAAUUGUGGGUGGCCUGGAAGCAUCCCACGGGGAGGUCCCUUGGCAAGUCACCCUGAAGGAGGGUCUCCGGCAUUUCUGUGGGGCCGUGAUCAUUGGGGAGCGAUGGCUGCUUUCAGCUGCACAUUGUUUCAACCACACCAAGGUGGGACACCUCACUGCCUUCGCAGGCGGCACUUCACUCUCAGCCACGGACAGCUCUUCUGUGAAGGUCGGCAUCCAACAGGUGGUGCUCCACCCUUCUUACAACCCCGCCCUCCUGGACUUCGAUGUGGCAGUGCUAAAACUGGCCAGGCCGCUGCGCUUUGGCAGAUACAUCCAGCCCAUCUGCCUCCCAUUGGCUGCCCACCAGUUCCCCGUGGGCAGAAAGUGCCUGGUUUCAGGCUGGGGCAGCCUCCAGGAUGGCAACGCUUCUCAGCCUGAAAACCUGCACCGAGCCGCAGUCGGGAUCCUGGAGCAGGAGACCUGCGAAGGAUUGUACAACGCUUCCCUCUCAGAGCGGAUGAUCUGUGCGGGGCUCCUUGAGGGGAAGAUGGAUGCCUGCCAGGGCGACUCGGGGGGACCCCUGGCCUGCGAGGAGACCCCGGGAACCUUCUACUUGGCUGGGCUGGUGAGCUGGGGCACUGGCUGUGGGCAAGCCAAGAAGCCAGGGGUCUACGCCCGGAUCACCAAGCUCAAGAGUUGGAUCCUAGGCAUCAUUUCAUCCUGUCUCGGCACUGCAGAGCCCCUCAGAUCCAGGACCCCCUCUGCCUCGACCGCCUCUGGCCUGGAGCAAAGCCCUACCAGCCUGGCCACAUCUGGGCUGGAAGCCGGUGCCUCCAAAGCCACCCAGCCACCAGCUGUGCCGUGCACGCCCUCCACGUUCAAGUGCUCCAACAAGGUCUGCAUUGGGAAAGCAAACCCCGAGUGCGAUGGCAUCAUCGACUGCGGCAACGGCUGGGAUGAGACUGGCUGCAUUGCAUCCAUCAGGCGCUGGAAACAGGGCGUGCAAGUGGGGCGGCCCCCUCCCGCACCCAUUCCAGCAGAUGGGGGGGGGGGGAGUUGCUGGGCUGGCCUGCCCUCCCUCCAGCCCCUGCUUUGGCCUUUUCCGGCAGACUGCGGCCUGGGCCCCCCGGCAGCCUUCAGCAAAAUCGUGGGAGGCAGCGGUGCAGUGCAGGGCGAGUGGCCGUGGCAGGCGAGCCUGUGGCUACGGCGAAGGCAGCACGCGUGUGGGGCUGUGGUGAUCGCCGAGCGGUGGCUGCUCUCGGCUGCCCAUUGUUUUGACGCCUACAGCAAUCCCAGGAUGUGGGUGGCUGUCCUGGGGACGCCCUUCCUGAGCGGCCUCGACGGACGAGUGGAGAAGAUUGCCCAGAUCCACAAGCACCCCUUCUACAACGGCUACAUGCUGGACUACGACGUGGCCCUGCUGGAGCUGGCCACCCCCCUGCGCUACACCAGCACCGUCCGGCCCAUCUGCCUCCCGGACCGCACCCACGUCUUCAGCGAGGGCAGGCCCUGUGUCAUCACCGGCUGGGGCUCCACUAAGGAGGGGGGCCUCACGAGCACGCGACUGCAAAAGGCGGCCGUCCAGGUGAUCCGGGAGCAGGACUGCUGGAGGUUCUACCCCAUCCAGAUCAGCAGCCGGAUGCUGUGUGCUGGCUUCCCACAGGGGGGCAUCGACAGCUGCUCGGGAGAUGCAGGUGGCCCCUUGGCCUGCAGAGAGCCAUCUGGCCGCUGGUUCCUGGCAGGCAUAACCAGCUGGGGCUAUGGCUGCGCCCGGCCUUCCUUCCCCGGGGUCUAUGCCAAGGUGACAGCAGUCCGGGGCUGGAUUGCACAGAACCUCAAGGCGUAACCCCCUACUCACGGGGCCAGCAGGGGGGGCAAGGCCCACAGAGACGGACCCCCUCAUAGUCCCGAUCCUGCCAGAACCCCUUCCCGAAAAGAAGAAUUCUGCCAGACAGGGCUCUGUUCCAGCUGCAGGUACAUUAAAUGAAAAUAACCCACUUGUGAAUUUCCAUGAGGUUUCUCUGGGCCUGCUGGGAGGGGAUCGUUUCUAGCACCCCCAGCCCCCACAGCUUGUCAGGAGGAGCCCCUGCAGUUUUCACACAAGCUUUCCGAGCGGGAUGGCUUCCCUCCUGCCAAGAAAAUGCUGCAUCUUCAGACAAGAGGAAUGUGGAAGGGAGGAUGUGUUAACCAGGGCAAUCUUCCCUGCAUUGGCCCGUCUGCCGCUUCCUCUCGCCAACCCACAAAUGGCAGGACGCACACAAUGUGCUCAAGAAAGGUUAACAAAACACACUCCAGCAGUUCUCAUAAUCUGUAAGCCUGGACUAAUGUUCCAUGUCCUUUCUCAGCCUCAGGGACAAUCCAUGCACUACCCAUUCUAGCUGUGCCCAGCCUCGCCUGCCUCAUUUUAUCCAAGGAGAGAUGCUGGCCCUCUAGGGAUCAAAGUCUCUUCCACUGCUGGCCAAUGGAACAAGGCUCAGCAACCACAUCCUACUUAGCCCAAACCAGCUUCUCUGCACUCCCACAAAGCAGAGGGACAGCUCGCCCUUCUUCAAGGAUGC